AAAACACUUGUACGAUCCUGAAUACAUAUGUUAGAUAUCAAAUAUAAAGAGAGGUUGGCACACUAAAGAAAUUCUUUGAACGACCAGAAUUUAAAGCGCGCGUGUCUUCCACGGGCAUGCAUCUAGAUGCGGGUAUGAUAGGUACUCCUCACAUGUUAAACAGAAAUGGGGAUUGUAUAGAGCUUCCAGAAGCAGGAAUUGUUCGUGAAGAUCGGCGUUCAGAGUUCCCCGUUAUGACGUAAUAAAGGGUUAGGUGUCCUAAUCUGAACGGUCCGUGGCAUACAAUUCAACCAAACCGUGUUGAUAAAAAGCGUAUCAAAAAGCAUAAGCGCCUUCACAUAAUACACGUAAACGUUUUUUUAAAAGGCUUUUUCCGUUCAUGUCCUGCAAAUAUGUCAUCCAAGAUAUCCUCUACCAUGCAGCUCAACCACCUGUGCCUCAUUUUACCGGCGGACUUCGACGAAAUCAAGCCGGCUGAUCACGAACAAGCCGGUAAACCGGCGAAGGGGGGCAAGAAACAACGCCCUUAUCGCGACUGCAGCAGUCAAAUUCUUGCUUCCCUCCGUGGCUUGCUGUGCAGGGUUUAUGAGUCCAGGUGGGUAACUUGUUGUCACCAUGAGAGGCAGAGGAAACAGCAGUCUGGGGUGUUUCACGACGCGGCGGGGAUACAGCUUUCCGACAAGGUUGGCGGAGAUAAUCCGAGGAUCUUUGGCUUUUCCGAGCUUUAUAUAGGGUCUAAUGGGUUUAGCGAGGAUCAAGUGCUCGGCAGCGGAGGUUUUGGGAAAGUGUAUAGAGCGGUUCUGCCUAGUGAUGGAACUGUGGUUGCUGUGAAAUGCUUGGCGGAGAGAGGGGAGCGGUUUGAGAAGACUUUUAUGGCGGAGCUGGUGGCGGUGGCUCACCUCCGCCACCGGAAUCUUGUCCGGUUAAGAGGGUGGUGCGUUCAUGAAGACCAGCUGUUUUUGGUUUAUGACUACAUGCCCAACCGGAGCCUUGACCGCAUACUUUUCCGAAGACCGGAGAACAUGGGGUCACAGCCUCUCUGUUGGGAGCGUCGGAGGAAUAUAGUCGGAGGUCUGGCGGCUGCUCUUUACUAUAUUCACGAACAGUUGGAAACUCAGAUCAUUCACCGGGAUGUGAAGACGAGCAACGUGAUGCUUGACUCCCAUUAUAACGCCCGACUCGGUGAUUUUGGCUUGGCGAGGUGGUUAGAACAUGAGCUGGAGUUCCAACCCAGCAGAUCGUCAAUCCAAAGUCACCAGUUUCGACUGGCAGAGACAACCAGAAUUGGCGGCACAAUUGGAUACUUGCCCCCCGAGAGCUUCCAAAAACGAAGUGUUGCCACCGCAAAAUCCGACGUUUUCAGCUUCGGGAUUGUUGCUCUAGAGGUGGUGUCGGGUCGGCGGGCAGUCGAUCUCGCAUACCCAGAUGAUCAGAUGAUUUUGCUCGACUGGAUCCGAAGUCUAUCUGAUGAAGGAAAGCUUCUGCAGGCAGCGGAUAACCGGUUACAAGAUGGGUCUUACAGGCUAUCGGAUAUGGAGCGGUUGAUUCAGCUUGGCCUUCUCUGCACACUCCACAGCCCGGAAUCACGGCCAAACAUGAAAUGGGUUGUCGAAGCACUUUCCGGCAACAUUUCCGGCCCACUGCCGGCUCUCCCAUCAUUCCGGUCCCACCCUCUGUACAUCUCUUUAUCCUCUGCAACAAACACGAGCGCAAGCAAUACUACUACGACAGACAGCAGCAGCACAUCUGCCGCGUCGAACUAUGUCACAGCCACCGGAGAAACCAUAUAUGCAACUGCUGAAUAUGGAAACUCAAACAGCAAUAUCAACUCUUCCGACAGCGUUAGCAGAGCAACAAACUUUCACUUGGUAGAAACCCCACGAGAAAUAUCCUUCAAGGAAAUCAUUUCUGCUACAAACAAUUUCUCAGAGUCGCACAGGGCAGCAGAGCUGGACUUCGGAACCGCCUACCACGGCGUCCUCGACGACAACCGUCACCAUAUCCUGGUGAAGCGGCUGGGGAUGAAGACAUGCCCUGCACUGCGAGCAAGAUUCUCAAAUGAGCUCCAGAAUCUGGGAAGGCUCCGCCACCGAAAUUUGAUACAGCUCCGUGGAUGGUGCACUGAGCAAGGGGAGAUGCUUGUUGUCUACGAUUACUCAACAAAUCGCCUUCUAAGUCACCGGCUUUUCCACCAUGUUAAUACAAUGCACCAUUCUGUUUUGUUGUGGCGUCACAGAUACAACAUAAUCAGAUCGCUUGCCUCUGCCAUUCUUUAUCUUCAUGAGGAAUGGGAUGAACAAGUUAUCCACAGAAACAUUACCUCUUCUGCGGUUAUUCUUGAUUCAGACAUGAACCCAAGACUCGGCUCCUUCGCCCUGGCCGAGUUUCUGACCCGGAAUGAACAUGGGCAUCAUGUCGCCGCUAACACAUGCAAAUCAGUUCGGGGGAUAUUUGGUUAUAUGUCGCCGGAGUAUAUGGAAUCCGGUGAGGCUACCCCCAUGGCCGACAUAUAUAGCUUUGGUGUUGUGGUGCUUGAGGUGGUUACCGGAGAGAUGGCGGUUGACUUCCGCUGGCCACAGGCUCUGUUGGUGAACAGAGUCCGUCAAUUUCUGGCAUGGAGAAGACCAUUGGAGGAACUGGCUGAUACAAGGUUGAAUGGGGAGUACAAUCACAAUGAACUGAUGAGACUUGUAAAACUAGGAAUUGCAUGCACAGGCUCCAACCCACAAUUAAGGCCAAGCAUGAGGCAGAUUGCAAGGAUACUUGAUGGGAAUGACGAAUGCUUUGUGGAUGAUGGCCAAACAGAGAGCAAAGAAGAAUGGAAGGAAAGAAAUGCAUCUUCUUUGUCAUUGAUUAAGAGGAUCCAAGCUCUAGGAAUACAAUGAUAGUCAUUAGUCACACCCAUGUAACGGUAACAUUAGUGAGUGAGAGAUUGUAUAAACUGGGUUCUGAUGAACUUGGCUUAGCUGAGCAAGUCUCUCUGUGUUGUGUUUUUUUUUUGCGAAACUUUUCUAGUUAAGAUUUUUGUACAGUGUUUCAGCUAGAUUUUGAGUAUAGCAAAAGAGAAGCAAGCAUGUCUUCACUUCUUU